AUGGCAAGCGGAAGGGGAAUUAUUAAUACCACGUUGGUAGUUUGCACUAGUGCAGCAGGGCACUAUGUAGCACCUAUGAUAAUUUUUAAAAGAAAAAGGAUGAUGGCCGAACUUGCAGAAGGUGCUCCGCCAGGUUGCUCAUUACAAGUUUCAGACACAGGAUACAUCAACAGUGACUUGUUUGUGGUAUGGUUGCCUAAAUUUAUUGAAGUAGUACGGCCGACUCCCGAUCAAAAAUUAAUUUUAGUCCUGGAUUGUCACUCGACCCACUCUAAGAAACUAGAGGCGAUUAACUUGGCUAGAGAUAACGGCGUCAUUCUUCUACAAUUGCCAGAGCACACCACGCAUCGCCUUCAGCCAUUAGACGUUGCAAUAUUUAUGCAGGUUUAUUAUAAACAAGCAGUUAAAAAGUGGAUGGAAGCGUAUCCGGGAUUAGCGAUGACACAGUAUCAAGUUGCAAAACUUCUGAUGCCUAUGGAAAAAUCACUUGAUGCCUAUGGAAAAGCCGCAACAAUUCGCUUUGCAAUAAAUGAAUUUUCUAAAUGUGGUAUUGGGCCAGUAAAUAGAAAUGUUUCUACUGACAUUGAUUUUGCUGGAAAAGCAAAUAUCCAUAUUGAGGAGAAAGAAGAAGAACCUUCCUACGACGAUAUUCCUCUUUCUAGAUUAGCAUCAAAAGCAGACCCCAAAGACCUAAACAACUCAAAAGUCGUGCCCAAAGAAACUCCCAGAGAAACUUUCAGAGAGAUAUAUUAUUUAGAGGAACUCCUCCAACAAAUUCUAAAGAAAAACCUAAAAGAAGCUGCAAAAAGGAAUCUUCAAAGUCCCUUUGAAUACUUCUUUUGA